ACGUGUUCCAGGCCCUUCAGAUGUUCAUGACCGUCGCUGUCAUUAUUGUCGGUAAUGCACAGAUUAUUGCCCAGCUCAACCCCAACAUCUGCUACAUGGUGUGCAUGAUCAUCACCAUGAUUCUUGGCAUCGUCUUGGGAUCGAUCCGCAGUCUGCAGCGCCUGGGAUGGCUCUGCAACGCGUCCGUCUGGAUGAACAUUGUCUCCUUCCUCAUCGUCAUGGUUGCCGCGGCCAACUACGGCAUCGACUACCAGUUCAUCUUCAACUCGACGCUCAUCAACACUGUCAUGCCCGUCAAGACCUUUGCCGGCCCCCCUCCUGAUGCCUACCAGAUGUCCGCCUACGGAACGGCUGCCACCAUGUCUGGUAUCAACUCCAUGGUGUACUCGUACGGUGGUGCCCUCCUCUUCGUCGCCUUCCUCGCCGAGAUGCGUCACCCUUGGGAUUUCUGGAAGGGCAUGCUCGCCGCCCAGUCUUUCAUCUGCAUUGUCUACAUCUUCUUCGGAGCCUUUGUCUACGGAUUUUACGGCCAAUACUCGUCGUCUAGCAUCACCCAGGUCACGGCCAUGAAGAGCCUCCAGGUGACGGGCAACGUGUUCGCGCUGGUGACGGCCUUUAUCGCGUGUUUCCUGUACUUCAACGUCGGCAUGAAGGUGGUGUACCUCGAGGUCGGCCAGGAGAUCCUCGGCCUGCCCCCAAUCACCAGCAAGAAGGGCAAGCUGCUUUGGUACGCUCUGGGCCCCCUGUACUGGAUCCUCGCCUUUGUCGUCGCCGCCGCCGUGCCCAACCUGUCAGGAAUUUCGUCCAUCGUCGGUUCGAUGAUGAUUCUCAACUUCACCUACACUUUCCCCGCCUUCCUCUACCUGGGCUACCGCGUCAAGGUCGACGCCAAGCUCCCCGGCGAGGGCUUCGACCCGGUCACCCGCGUUACCACCCGCCACGACGGAGGUAUCAAGCGCUGGUGGCGUGGCUACACCGUCAACUGGCACUUCAACACCGUCUAUUUCCUGUACGGCUGCGGUGUCCCUGAUUGCCCUGUUCGGCCCGGGUGGCACCGUCGCCACCUCGUUCGGCUGUGCCGUUCCUGUGUAAAGAAAGAGAGGUGCAGGCGUUGCUCGAGCAAGUAAACUUGAUCACUCCUUUUUCCCUUGGUACACGGUUUAAGAAGGGGAGCUUGAGGGUGGGUAAAGAAGCGUAGAGCCGUCGAAGGUGAAGCUUUUUUUUUUUUUUUUUUAAUACUGGAAGAUAAAGAGGAAGAAGAAUAAAACUAAAUUUCAAAAUACCCUUCG